UCCCCGCCCACUCCUCACUGCCAAGUGCUAGUCAUGUGGGGACUCUAGCUGAGCAUCCACUAUUCUGUGUUGUUCUCCGGGCCUCGAAAUCUGCGUGAUCAAACUUCUAGAUUGAUGCAUAACUACGAGUUCGAGGACAUAGGUCUGUUACUCCAGCAAUGGCCACACCUGCAGGAAACGCGUCUGCCAGCCCUCCCGGCACCAACAUCAACGGAAAUAAAAGAAGAGGUAAAAAGAGAAUACGAUCGUUCACAGCUGACGAGAGGGCUUGCCACUCCGCCAUUGAGAAGCAACGUCGAGAAGCUUUGAAUGCAAGCUUCAUUGACCUCGCACGUCUCAUUCCAGCACUCGCUCCAGUACACCGAUUAUCCAAAGCCCUCAUCGUCCAAGAAAGCAUACAAUACCUCAAAACACAGCGUGAAAUGUGCCUUGCCGCCGCCAACGAAAUACAAAGCAUGUUGGCUGAGAAUAUGGAGCUGGUUGCAGAAGUAAAUAGCUGGCGGAAAGCAUACGACGUUGCUGGUACCGGGUCACAGCAAGUUACACCGGUUGGUGAUGCUGUGAGAGCACUGUUGGAGUUUGAUCGACAAGUCUAUGGCACAUUCCCAGCGGGCUUUGGGGAUAAUGGACCCGCCGAAGAGCACGUCGAAGAAGGAGCCGAAAACAAUAGCAGACCGCGGAUUGAAGAGCACAGGGAAGUAGUGCAGCCAAAACCUCCGCAGAACAUGGCCCCCGUCCCGGAUACAGGUUUGAGUUCACAGGAAAAUGUUCCAGCCCAACCUUCUUUCCCAAUACAGCAGACGUUACAUCCAGAUCCGAACGAGUUGUCGGAAGCUAUCCAAAUACCUGACAACUUUAUGAUACUGAAUCAACUUCCGGAACAACCGUCCUCGUUGGGUCAAAAUAUUCCACCUUCUUUCGAUACUGUGUAUGACCUUAUUUCAACAUCAGAUGCGGAUAUGCUUCAACCGGAUCACUUUGCAGAUUUGAAUUUACGCCAUGAUAUAUUUCACGAUUUCACGAUUCCACUGCCAGAGAUUGGCUAUGAUAUGGCACCAGCACAUGACAUCCCCAACUUCGAGAACUUGUCGUGAGCACAUUAUUUUCAUCACGGGCAGACGUUCCUUGUCAACGAUAAAAUGCCAUGC